UCACUCAUCGGCUGGACGAAAGUGGAGCUGUGUACAGUGAACUGACAACACAGCAAUGCGGACGGAUAAGGAAUACAAGUGGGAAUACUCCGGUUUUGUGUAUUAACCUGGCGAAUUUCGGCUUCGUUUGCUUGGAAAGUGUAACCGAGCGGAUUUUUUUUCUCCGCUAAAAGCUAUAAAGGAGAGAAAAAACCUGAACUAGCUGGGAAAACGUGACCGGGGCGGAUAUUUCCCGAGGAAAACCUGAAACCACAUCCGUAUUCCCAGCCCUGCGGUUGUAUGGACUCCUGUACAAAAAGAAAAAAAAAAUGAUUGCUUGUUUUUUUUAAUACAGUGUUUUUCCCCCUUUUUGCCGGCAUAGCGUUUCAUAUUKUAACAGAUUCGCUAUGGUGGAUUCCCCUACCAUGAAGAAGACUUUUGUUGUCUCGGACAUAAAGCCAUUGGAUUUGUAUGACUGCACUAAAUCAAAAAUAUGCGCAAGUGUCGGAUGGCUGUUAUCAAAGUCCUACGGCAGCACAGAAAAUGUCCCUGCAGAGCUGCGUAACCCUUUCUACUGUGACCAGUAUGAACAGGAGCAUCUUAAACCUCCAGUCACACGCCUUCUUCAAUCCUCAGAGCUAUACUGUCGCACCUACGGCAUACUAUUUGGAGCUGAAGCACAGCCCAAAGACAAUGCUGCCCUGCUUCAGCUCCUCACUCAGAGAGGCAUAGUCGCCAAAGACCAGGAGGCAACAGUGACAGAUGCAGACCUUCGACAUAUGCCCAUCAAAAUGAGUGCUCAUCUGGCUUUGAUAGAUGCCUUGAUGACAAUAGGAGUCAUGGAGACUGUGACUGCAGUGAAGAUGUGCGAUUCAGCUGAGCUGCUGGGUGGAGCUGCCAGAUGGGAGGAUGCUUUAAUUCAUUGGGUUAAUGUGUUAAACCAGAAGCUGAGGGAGCGGACCGAAGGAGCCCAAAACGACUCAUCUCGGGACGCUGCAGAGCCCCAACCUGUUGAGCCCUCUUGUCCUACUCGCUGGUACUGGAAACUUGUUCCUCUCCGCUACAGAAAGGAUAAAUCUCAGUCCAAAGUGAAGCCCGUGUUUCCUGUAGUGAAUGAAAUGAAGGAUCUGUCCAGUGGUUGUGCUGUUGCUGCAGUCAUACAUUACUAUUGCCCAGGACUACUAAGACUUGAAGAUGUUUGUAUGAAAGACACCAUGUCUGUAGCAGAAAACCUGUACAACCUGCAAUUCAUCCGUGAAUUCUGUGACAGUUGUCUGAAGGGUUGCUGUCACCUAACACUCGAAGACAUGCUAUAUGCACCGCAGGAGCUUCAGCUCAAUUUUCUGAGCUUCCUGUCAGAGCUGCUUUGGUGGUUUGAAGUACAAAGACCAGAAUUUGUUCAGCCAGUAGACACUUUAGAUGAAUCCUCCCCAGUGACGCCAACUAGCUUGGGUGGUAGCAGUACUUCCCCUUCAAUAUUUAAGAAGCCUUUCCUCCCAAUUUCUACCCCUGCAUCAGGAUCUUUGACUCAGUCUACCUCAAUGUCUCAUAUAGAAGGAGUUGGAAAGACAUGGAGCAAGAAACCACUCAGCCGACCCUUGUCAGCAGUAUCCUUCAGCAUUCCCUUUGGCCUGGAUAGUGACGUGGACAUAGUGAUGGGCAACCCUGUCAUAACUCGCUCUGUGAGCUCAGAUCAUGUCAGUCCAGCAAGCCAAAACAAGACCCAUGUACCCUACACUCCAGCUGAAGACCUCAGCCAUUUGCUUGGUAAAUCUCUUGGACCCGACGGUCCACAAAGAGCAUCGUGGACCACACAGACUCCUAGUAUUCCGAGGCUAGAAGAAGAGAAUGGACUUGGAUCAAGUGAAACAGGAGAGCUGCCUACCAUAGAGGAGGCUCUCCAAAUAAUUCACAGUGAGGACAAGAUGGAGCCUCGUUUACACCCUGAUGGUGCUCCUGACGGCUUCUACCUCCACUCWCCUGAUGAACCUGCUACUUCCAGAUUUGACAACAACUUGGCACCCAUCAGCUGCUCUGCGCCAUCACACUCAGGAAUGAUGUACCAGCCUACAGGAGAGUCCAGGGAGCCAGUUCGCAGCAGGAACACCUCAGGAUGUUCACGGGAUGAUGAUUCAGUCUUAAGGGAUGGCAGUGUGGAUUCAGACGCCUUAGAAGACCUGCCCAAGGCCCAGUCCACUCCAAAUACACCAGCUGCAGGUUCUGCUCAUGGCCAUAGUAAGGAGGGGACUGACAGUGGAGUGAAGAUGACCAGCUUUGCAGAACGUAAAAAACGACAGAAUAUAGACUCUCCUAAAGCCAGCAGCCCGUCUUCUCAGAUGACCACAUGGGCACAAAAGUCUGAAGAAAGCCCAAGCAAGAACCCACAACUCAAUAAUGAAAUGUCUGAGCUGGGGGCUCGGCUUGAAGAAAAGCGGAAAGCUAUAGAAGCCCAAAAGAAACGCAUUGAGGCCAUUUUUGCUAAGCAUCGCCAAAGACUUGGGAAGAGUGCCUUUCUGCAGUUAAAAAAAGAGCAGAAUGAAGACGAGAAUGAGGAAACGGGAGAUGGUCAAGUUGGUGCCUUGUCUACAGAAGAUGCUCUCUCAYGCUUAACUCUAGAGGAAAGGCUUGCUCAAAUGGAGGAAGAAGAACAGAAGGAACAAGAUAAACAGCGCCUCUCAGUGGAAAGUAAAAGUAACGUUAAAAGAGGACUUACGCCAGAGGUCAGUCAGACCAAAGCCAACAUACCAGGAGAGAAAAGUUCUGGGACACCUGGUGAGAAAGUGGUUGCUCCUUUAGGAGAUUAUAAUAAUGCUGUGUCCAAGUUAACGGCAGCUCUUUCCUCCCUGCAAAGUGACAUGCAGCGGCUGACUGAACAGCAGAAUCAAUUUAUCAAGAAGAAAUCUGAAACCUCCAGUAAUAAAUCCUGGGUUAUUCCAGCCAGCCCUAAAACCUCCCCUUCAGCUCCUCCCCCUUCACGCUUGUCACGAGAAUCCACUCGAGGCUUAAACUCAGCCGCCUCUUCAUCACCUUCUCACAAAGUCUCCAACCAUUCYGUUCCUCCAAAAUCUCCUCAGGUUAAUAGAAGAGCUCAGUCUGUACCCCCUAAAAGCCCAAAACACAGUCGUCAAAUGGACAUGAAGGUCCCAACCCUGUCCAGGGUUCUCACUCCGCCUCAAAAUGUGGACCGCAUCCCCCAUCUUCGUCGAGUAAAUCCCUCUCAGACUCAAGUCCAGACUUCACUGUCCUUCUCCAUGGGUGACUCUGAUAACCUGGGUGAACUGCGCUCCGCUGGGCCGAGUCCUGUUCCCACGCCUUCACUGACACCCUUACAGACUCCAACUCCACCUACUCUUCAUGUAGCAGAUGACGCCCAGUCAGAUGUAGGCUCCAUUGACGGACAAAGUGUCUUCAGCAUGGACCUUGAUGUUGGGGCCUCACAGAGCCCUUUGAAGAGGGAUGGACUUGCAAGCGGAGGCUGCAGCUCUGGCGCCCCUUCAGAGUGUUCCUUUGACAGUGAAGCCCCUGCAGGGUUGGUGAACGGUAAACGCGGUAGUUUGAUAGAAAUCUCAUUGUCUUCCUUGCGAGGAGAUGCCGAAGAGGAUGACCAAGUUCCUGACACUUUCUCUGAUUCGAUGAGUGACAAAAUGGAGCCAGAAUCAAAACCAGGCGUGGGGUUCUUUUUCAAGGAUGACAAGCAUCGACCAGAGGAUGAGAUGGCCCAGCGACGAGCAGCCUUACUUGAGAAACAGCAGAAAAGAGCGGAAGAGAUGAAGAAACGCAAAAUUGAGCAGGAGAAAGAAAAAGAGUCAAACAAGCCUCAGUGGAUGAUUAUUGAAGGCUGGGGUAAUAAGGGUGAAGACACACCCCAGACCUCAGACACCCCUCCAGCAUCACGCACCCCGCCAGCAGAGGGGACUCCUCAACGUAGAGGAGACUUCACCAAGCAGGAGUAUGAGAGACGACAGCAGUUGAAAAUAAUGGAAGAUUUAGACAAGGUGCUGAAGCAAAAGCCCACCACAGUCCGUGGUGUGAAGAAGCAGAGGCCCAAGACUGUGUUCAGGGAUGACUCCGUCUUGUCUAAUAGCCCUGCCAAGGGUUUUAUUGGUCCAAGGUUGAACAAGGUGUACUCUCACUCAACUAUGAACCUAUCCUCUAUGGCUAAUGACUCUGGAGGUCUGAGUGUCAGGAAAUCUCCAAGCCGUUCACACUCACCGUCCCGGUCACGGCUAAUGUCACCGGGGCGAAGAAGUGCUCAGAAUGGAGAAAAGGACUGGGAAAAUGGUUCCACUAUUUCCUCUCCCUCCUCUAUCCCAGAAUACACAGGACCAAAGCUGUACAAGGAGCCAAGCUUUAAGUCCAACAAGUUCAUCAUCCACAAUGCCAUCACUCGCUGCUGCCUGGCUGGAAAGGUCAACGAACCACAGAAAAACAAAGUUGUUGAGGAAAUGGAAAACAGCGCUGCCAAUCACUUCCUCAUCCUCUUUAGAGAUUCCAGUUGCCAAUUCAGAGCAGUGUAUACCAUGAACCCUGAAACUGAGGAGAUGGUACGGCUCACUGGUAUUGGACCUCGAGUCAUCUCGCUUGAGAUGGUCGAGUCCAUUUACAAGUACAGCUCUGACCGCAAGCAGUUCACCGCCAUCCCGUCCAAAACUAUGUCCAUGAGUGUCGACGCCUUCACUAUCCCUGGACACUUUUGGCAGAAACGCCCAGGAACUCCCAAAAAACUUAGCACCCCCAAAUAAAGACUCACUGAAAAUAGGUUAAAGAUGCUACAAUUCAGGAAAUCAACUCUCAGUUUAACUUGUUUUUUGUUCUAUAGUUGGCUGUGUGUGGCACUUCAGAUUGUUCAGAUAGGCUAGCAGCAGAAAGCAUAACUGACCAUCUUGGCUUGAGAAAAUUGCACAUCGGUCAAUCAGCCAAUGUAUUUACAAUAACAUUAUUGUCUGAGCUUUUGACAGGCUCUGCAUGAUUUACUCAGAUUGCAAAAUAUGAUGUAGCUGGUUCAGUUAGGAAACAUAAUUCCUUUUCCCAUGCCUCCUCAUGCCUUGCCUUACCCUGCCAUGCUGGAGUCAUGUGACUUUUAGGUAAGAAAAACUGGGGAUAACCACACUGCCUUUGCUCACAAAACAGUAGUUUGGGCAUUCGUAGUUCACCUCUCUGCUGUACUUGCUUUUCCUUUUGCUGCCUUUUCUUCUUCCAGGGCUCACGUCUACCAAGACAGAAGGCUCAGAUCUCACUUCUGACUGGAGAUCUCAGCUGGCAGAUAAUACUGCUCUAAUAUGAAUGUAGGCCACAUACUAACCACUUGGUCAUUUCAGGGGUGUUUUCACUGUAUAGUUCAGUGUAGAGGACACCAUAAUUGCUGGUCCCUAYGGGCUGCACCAGUGGUGGCUACUUUGGUUCCUGGUGGAUGUGUACACCCAGAAACUGCUUGUGCCCCAUAGUUUGUGCACCCCCACUCAACUGUCCUUCAGAUGUAGACAUCUGGAUGUUUUUUAUAUACUUUUUUGACAUGGUUUUGCCAGAUAUGGUGAUUGAGUCUUUGAGAGCUGAUAGAAGUAUGAAAUUUAAUGUGAUUUUUUUUUCCCUCACUGUUCAUGCUUUCUCAUUGUCUUUAAAAUAACAUGAAGGAGAGCUUUAUCAUGUUCAAUACUUGGAUACUGCUCUUUGAGAAAAUGAUAAUCAAUGCUGGUUUAAUAUAUACUGAAUGCUGAUUACUUUUUUGACAAUGAUUUGUAAAAAAAAAUAGGUUGACUUUUUGUAAGCUACAAAUAAGCUAGGCUGCUGCUUAAUCAUUAGUGAGAAGUGUGUUUGAAAUGUGAAUGAAUGAGAAUGAGUAGAAAUUGUUGAUAAACUGAAGAAAAAAAGUUUGAUUUAGGAUGAAUAAAUCCAUGAGGUCAGAGUCUGUUUCCUAAUGUGUUUUCCCUGUUUAUAUGUCCUAACAUGUAAACAGUAGGUUUCUUAAUGAAGGAUCAUUCUGGACUGUAACAGCCCUCAUCUAUUCCACAGUCCCUUCACACUCCUUCAUGUACAACUGGGGGGGCGAUGUAAAACGCCAAAAGGUUUUCUGUUUUCUUUUAAUUUCCUGACUCUAGUUUCUAAUGACAAAAUCAAUGUAGGGAGAAAAUCUAAGAAAUGUAUCUAUUACGUUUUCUUUAGUCUUUAGGAUAACCUUUGCCACAACACAACUGUAUUUUUAGAAUAACUGCCUCCAAGAAAUGUGGUGUUUUCAAGGUGACUUCCAUAGUAAAUAUGUUUAAAACGCUAAUGAGGAUUAAAGAGUUGAAUGAUUGCUUAAAGGUUUUUGUGGAAGAGUGCUUGUGGAGUAAGUGGAUGUUUAUUCUGGUAUUUGUAAAAGUUAGUAUGUGGUAGUAAACACCGCACUUUGAUUCAGUGCAAUUCUUCCCGGAAAUCCCCCAUAUCAUCCAGAAAUGUAUUUAUUCGUCAUUGAAUUGUGACAAACUUGUUUUAGUUUGUUUUGGUUUUCCUCUUUUAUUUUCUUAAGAUUACGUGUCAAAUUGUCAUUUCAUAGAUGUCAUGUUGAUUUUGUUUUUCCUUUGUUUUCCAGUCUGUGCCAGCACAUUAUGUAUGUUCAUUUCAUCAAAUGACUGUCCUCGGCAACUGGACCAGUAAAAUAAAAUGUUCCUUUUUUAAAUCA